AAGCCCAAGAUGUCCAACCCCCCCUGGAAGCCCCUCUUCCUAGCACACAUCGAAACUCUCAAACCUCCCACCUUCACCCUCGCAACGACAACCACCGUGCCUCCCAGCCAUCCAUCCCUCAAUCCUUUCCACGACCCUCAGACCCCUCUGCCCCCCUCGCACCCUCCAACCCCUCGCUGCCGAACAAUGGUCUACCGCGGCCUCCUGGCCUCUCUCCCGCCAAACCCUCAAAGCCCACUCUCAAACCACAACCCACCACUCUACACCUCCCACCUGCCAACCUUCACCACAGACUCGCGCAUGACAAAAACCUCGGAACUCCUGUCCACCUCCAGGCCCGGGGAAUCCACGAGCACUUGGGUGGGGGGGUACGUCGAAGCCAUGUUCUGGUUCGAGUCGGCACAGAACCAAUGGCGCAUGCGCGGGCGAACGUACCUCCUCGCCGAGGAGGACGUGGAUGAGGCUCGGGCCAUCACGGACGUGCUCGCGCGAUAUCUCGUCCCGCGGGAUACUGGCACUCCUUCGGAGGGCGAGGAGAAGAAGUGGACGUGGAAGAAAGAGGUGCAAAUGCACUUUGCGAACUUGACCCCCGCGCUUCGGGGCAGUUUUGCUAACCCUCCGCCCGGAACCCCGGUUUCGCUGGGAGAUAAUGGAGGGGCGGUCAAGGGUGCUAAUAUCCAGAACGAUGAUGUCAUGAACGAGGAUGGGAUCGCGGCGGUAGCCAGGAGGAAUUUCAGGGUUGGGGUCGUGGUUCCUGAGGUUGUUGAGCGGUUGGACCUGAAAGAGGACGAUGCAAAGGCGCGCAGGUGGGUGUAUUGGAUCGAAGACGGUGAAUGGAAGGCACAGGAGACUUGGCCUUGAUGGUCAACGAGUGGGUGCUUUGAUGAUAUUGUAUUCUAUUGUGCAAGCUAUGGAUAGCCAGCCGUCACACAUGACAGACGAAGAAAGCCGGAAACGCCAAAGCGGAUAACACCUGGUAUCAAUUCCCCAAUUCCCUCCCAUUCCCAUCGCCCU